AAUGGGAUGAGUCUGCUGAAUGGAGCCACGAGUGAAGUUUCAGUCCAAAGAAAGGAAAGCGGCGGGACAGAGCAGCUGCUCCACGCACGGAUCUGGGUCAGGGAACAACAAACAAACAACAAACAAACAAACAACAAACAGCGGCGACGGGAAGAAGAAGUUAUGAACAGAGUCACGACGAAGCGCGUGGGAAGUUGUGCGUGAGGAGAGAGAGCCGACAGAGUCACAAGCUGGAGCCCAGAGCCACCCUGAAUCCUCACCAUGGCCGACGUGUUAGACAGCAGCGGAGCCGGAGACGUAGGAGCAGCUAGCGUGGACUGGCAGAAACGCUGCGUCGCUCUUGAGAUGCAGCUGCUCAGGUUCCGCCUGCAGGCCGGGAAAAUCCGAGAGCUGCUGGCAGAAAAGAUGCAGGAACUGGAGCAGAGGGUGACGGAGGCCAACCAGAGAGCUGAGAAAGCAGAGAAACAGAUUCAUGUCAUGGAAGAAAAGCUCAAGUACACAAACGUACAAAUCAGCGAGUCGGAGAGCUCGCUGUACAAACAAUUUCAAGACCUGAGCGGUCAGGUUCAAGAAAAAGAUGCUGUCAUAAAGAGAUUAGAGAUGCAGCUGGAACAGCAGAUCUCAGUCAGAGCCCAGGAGGGCAAAAUUAUUGAGGAAAAAGCUGCCAAGAUUAAAAACUGGGUCACAUAUAAGCUCAGAGAGAUGGAGCUGGAGAACCAACAGCUGAAGGCUGCGAAUAUGAAGCAGACAGAACAGCUCAUGCUGCUGCAGGACAAACUACACUCUCUGUUAGAGAAACCUGCCUCCUCUGGGUCUCCUGUUACCUCUCCUAGGAUGGACACCCACCUGGUGCCCAACAGCCCACUGUUUCCUCCCAGCUGCCCCGACACGCCGCCUGCCCAGGAAGACAGCUGGAGACAGACGGCUCCUCGUCGGGCUGCCUCUAACAUCAAGAAUCUGCCUACAGACGUCAGAAGGUCUCCUGAACUGGUCGGUAAAGAUUUCUCCUCCCAUGAUGGUCUGGGUUGGAGCAGAGAUGAACCAGAGCUGCCAGUGGGUUCACAGGUCCAGGCUGGGAGCUCUGACAGAGACAACUUCUCAGAUGAGCUUAACAGCAAAUUCCGCUCUCAGUGCCUUCACUCAUCCUCAUCAUCUUCAUCUUCAUCGUAUGAGAUGGCCCAGGGACCAAGCUCUCCACUGAUGACCAUCAGAAUACAACCUAAAAGCCCUCUUCUGUCCCGCUCUCCCUCCACGAACAACCCUUUUCCUAAUUCUCAGCUUUUGGAUGGUGAGUCCGGCAGCAGCAUGACCUUACCUAAAGCACGGACUCCGCUCAUCCCCAGAGACAGCAUCCAGCUCGUCAAGAAGCACUUCAGCCAGCCGCAACCCAGCCUGGACCGACUCCACCACCUCAACGUCAACAUAGACAUCACCACGCCGUCCUCCACUUCCUCCACGCUGAAGAGCACAAGCACAACCACUUCACCUUUCUCCCAGCUCAUCGAAGAGACGGACAUCGAUGAUGGGCUCCUGGACUCUAUGGAUGGAAUAGAAGAGGGGCCACAGUCCGGCGAGCUGGCUCAGGAUGGGGUCUCCUUUGUAGGGCUUGCAGAAGAGGUGGAACAGUUGGAUCCAGAAGCUCUCAAGCCUCCGACUCCUCCUUUGCAUCGCUUCCCUUCAUGGGAGAGUCGGAUCUACGCUGUAGCUAAGUCAGGGAUGAGAGUGUCUGAGGCGGGCCCUGCAGAUAGGGGCCCCGGACGAGGAUCCAGUCUGCCCCUGCAUCCUCCUGCAGCUCCAUCCUCCCAUUUGAUCUAUAAGAAUAUUAAUGUUCCAGUCUACACGACACUGAAAGGGAAAGCCACUCAGAUCAGCAGCGUGCCGCUGCCGGACGACGACUCCGGCUCGGAGGAUGACAGCAGCUCUCUGGCGAGUUUACGAACGUCCAUCCUGAGCCCAGAUAAGAAGAGCAGCGUACCCGGGAGCCCCCGAGCUGUAAAACGAGGUGUGUCCAUGUCCUCCAUCAGCUCCGAGAGUGAUUACGCCAUUCCUCCUGACGCCUACUCCCUGGACAGCGAUUAUUCUGAACCAGAGCAUAAAGUCCAGCGGACCUCCACCUACUCCUGCGAGAGCAGCGGGCCUGAGACGCUGGAGAAAUCUGGUUACUUGUUAAAAAUGGGCGGUCAGGUGAAAGCCUGGAAACGUCGCUGGUUCAUCCUGAGGAAGGGCGAGCUCCUCUACUACAAGUCUCCUAGCGACGUGAUCAGAAAACCUCAGGGUCAAAUCCAGCUGAACUCGUCCUGCUGUAUUGUACGAGGCGAGGCGGCGCAGACCUUUCAGCUGAUUACGGAGAAGACGACCUUUUUCUUGACUGCUGACUCACCCAAUAUCUUGGAGGAGUGGAUCAGAGUUCUGCAGGACAUUCUCAAGGUCCAGGCCAGCAGCCCCGUUACUGUGGAGAUGAGACAAAAACCCACCGUGAGAGGGUGGCUCACAAAGGUCAAACAUGGACACUCGAAGCUGGUGUGGUGUUCGCUGGUUGGAAAAGUCUUCUGCUACUGUCGCAACCAGGAAGACAAGCUGCCUCUGGGUCAGCUGCAGAUGCGAGAAGCUUUGGUGCAGGAGGUCGAUCGCUCUUGUGAUUCAGACGAGGACUAUGAGGCAGGCAGUCGAGGUUUCCUCUCCUCUCACUGCACCUUGGUGGUCCAACCAAAAGAUCAGAGUCCUACAUACCUGCUCAUCGGCACCAAGCAAGAAAAAGACACGUGGCUGUACCACCUGACUGUGGCCGCUGGCUGCAGUGCAAACUUCAAGGUCGGCACGGAGUACGAGCAGCUCAUUGGUAAACUCCUCGAUGCAGACGGAGUCCCAGAGUGUGAGCUGUGGAAGAGCGAGGCCUUGAGCUUCUGUAAGGAGGGGUUGUGCUCGCCUCUCACCACGCUGCCGUCUGAAGCUCUGCAGACUGAAGCUCUCAAGCUCUUCAAGUCCUGUCAGCUCUUCAUCAACGUCCUGGUCGAGUCACCUUCUGUGGAUUACCAUACGUCGCUGGCCCAGAAUGCUUUGCAGGUGUGCUUGACCCAUCCAGAGCUGCAGAAUGAAAUGUACUGCCAGCUGAUCAAACAGACCAACGGCCGCACGGCACACAGCUGCUCCCUGACACAGGGUUGGCAGCUUCUGUCUUUGUGUGUGGCUCUGUUCCUUCCUCAGCAACAUUUCCUCUGGUACCUGCGGCAGUACCUCCAGCUCACUGCAGACCCCAGGACCGAGGUGGGAAAAUAUGCUGUUUACUGUCAGAGAUCUGUGGAGCGAACACUGCAGAAUGGAGAGCGCGAGGCCAAACCUUCACGGAUGGAGAUCGUUUCCAUCCUGCUCAGGAAUCCCUACCACCAUUCACUGCCCUUCAGCAUCCCCGUUCACUUCAUGAACAGCACCUACCAGGUGGUGGGUUUUGAUGGCUCCACUACAGUGGAGGAGUUUCUCCACACGCUGAACCACCGGAUCUGCAUGAGGAAGCCUCAGCUGACAGGGUUCGCCCUCUUCACCGAUGAUCCGUCUGGCAAAGACCUGGAGCACUGCCUGCAGCCGUCAGCCAAGAUCUGUGAUGUCAUUUCCAAGUGGGAGCAGGCUUUGAAGGAGCUCCAUCCUGGGAAGAACGAGGGCUCACGCAUUGUGCGACUGACGUACAAAAAGAGGCUUUGUUUUAGAUCUCAGGUCAAAGGAGAGACAGAGCAAGAGCGCCUCCUGCUGGCCCACCAGCUGAAUGAGGAGGUUCAGCAGGGCCUGUUUCCUGUGAACAAAGAGCUGGCUCUGGAGGUGGCCGCCCUCCUGGCUCAGGUGGAACAUGGCGACUUUGAGCGGUCAGGUGUUUCCUCUCCUGUCGGCUCUCCUCAGGCUAAAUCUCAGCUGGUUCUUCUUCAGGCCUUAGAGCGCUUCUAUCCCAAACGCUACAAACAGGAGUGCAGCUCAGAGCAGCUCAGAGAUGUUAGCGAGUGUCUGGCUGCCAAGUGGUCCAAGCUUCGUGGGUGCAGUCCGUCCGAGUGUGUGAGGAUAUAUCUAACUGUGGCUCGGAGGUGGCCUCUGUUUGGAGCUAAACUCUUCAGUGUCAAGCCAGUUCCUCCAUGUUCCAUUGAGCAGGACCAAGUGUGGCUGGCAGUCAGUGAAGACGGGCUGGGGGUGAUGGACCGCACAAUGCACACCUUGGUCACCUACCCCUACCAUUCGGUGAUUACUUUUGGUGGUUGCCGUGACGAUUUCAUGGUGGUCACAAACCAGCAGGGGGAGGCUGGAAAUGGGAAACGAAAUGCGGAGAAGCUCGUCUUUGCUAUGGCUAAACCAAAGGUGCUGGAGCUGACCCUGCUCAUGGCCAGCUACAUCAACCACUGCACCCCCGGUGUACCGCCCGCCCCCCAGCAGCCCCUCUGCCCCUGGGAUAUGGACAGCAGGCGCUUCCCCACGAUCAACUGCUCCACCAAAGGCCCAACUUUACUGUGAGGAGCAGCAGAAGCUUUGAGCUCGUAGGGUUUGAGCGUGUGUCACGCCUCUGAAACCACUGAUCCUCAUGAGAAACGAUUGUUUCAUUCAACAGGAAAUUGUUUCAACUUUGCAUUUCUUGGGUUUUCACAUCAUUCAAUUUAUUAUUUUUUAAUUAAGAUGUUAAAAUGAUUUUGAAAUGCAGCGAUAAUCCGAGACAAACUGUCAUUAGAUGCAUAACUAAAAGUUCCUUUAGUCACAAACUGCUUGUGUGAACCUGAACAACCAGAUUAUUUUCAAUCUUAUGCAUUAGAGCGAGGUCAGAGUGUUGAGGACGACUCUCAGCUACUACCACAUGGAUAUAUCCAUCAAUGUAUUGAUUACUUUAUGUCUCCUUUGAUCCGUCCACCGCUCCAUGAGAUAUUUUGUUACAACGAACUC